UAGUAUUUUGCUUUUUAUUGCUAAAUUAAAUACAUAUGCACCAAAUAAAUGGUUUUAAAUUUCUCUUGAAAAUGACAUGGAAUUAUAAAAUAAUUUAUUAACUGUGGCAUCUCUCGUCUGAAACAGCCCCCAAUAAAAUUCGAAUAACAACAAAACAGUCCAAUUUGCAGAAAUCAGCUGAUAUUUUUGAUUUUUGUUGGGUUCCUUGAACUGCCACCGACUGCCAUCAACAUAGAGCAAAUAGCAAACUUAAAAUGUCAUCACCGGCGCCAAAAUCUCCUGAACAAUCGGAUAAAAGUAGAAAAUAUGACCGUCAAAUUCGUUUAUGGGGAGAACAUGGACAAACCUUAUUGGAAAGUUCAACAAUUUGUUUGCUGAAUGCGACGGCAUUAGGAUGUGAAGUUUUGAAAAGUCUAGUCUUACCCGGCAUUGGUGGCUUCACUAUCGUAGAUGGCAAUAUUGUUACGGAAGAUGACUUGGGAAUAAACUUCUUUUUGGACGCCUCCUUUGUUGGUCAAUCAAAAGCUAGAGCUUGUAUGCAGUUGCUGCAAGAAUUAAAUACAGAUGUUAAUGGUGAUUUUGUGGAUGAAAGUGUUGAUUGGAUACUAUCAAAUCGACCGGCAUUUUUCGAUACUUUUGAUGUAGUCAUUGCGUCAAAUUUGAGUGAAAAAGCUUUGUGGGGAUUAUCGGAUCGUCUAUGGGAGGCAAAUAUUCCAUUUGUGUAUUGCAGAUCAUUGGGCUUUUUUGGUUCCAUUCGCUUACAAAUAAAAGAACAUUGUGUAAUUGAAUCACAUCCUGAUAACCGACAAUAUGACCUUCGAUUAGAACAACCCUUUCCCGCAUUAAAAAAACAUUUCGAGAGCACAGAAAUCACAAGCAAAGUUCCUUGGCUCUUGGUGCUUAAUAAAUUUCUGCAAUUAUGGAAGGAGAAAAGUUGUGGACAAUUUCCAGUCAAUUAUAAGCAAAAGUCAUCAUUGAAGGAAAUGAUUCGCUCAGCAAUGACGGCGGACGAGGAAAACUAUGAAGAAGCCAUAAAAGCAGUGAAUACUGCUUUAGGUGGUGGAAAUGUGCCUUCUUCAAUCAAAUCGAUUUUCGAGGAUAAUGCUUGUACCAACCUUAACAAACAGAGUAGCCCAUUUUGGAUAAUAACUAAAGCUUUAAAAGAAUUUGUAGAGAACGAUAAUAAGGGAUUGCUACCAUUGCCUGGUGUUCUACCAGAUAUGACUGCGGAUACCGAACCAUAUAUAACACUGCAGAACAUUUACCGUAACCAAGCUUUACAUGAUGCCGACAAUGUGUAUCGCAAAUGUCAAAAAUACUUAAAGGAGCUGGGUUUGCCUGAAGACACCAUUAGUGAAAAAACAGUGCGCUUAUUUUGCAGAGAAUCAGCUGGUCUGGCAGUUAUACGUGGAACUAAAAUUACUGAUGAAAACGCUAAAAGCAGUAAUAUACUUUCAUUCGUUGAUGAUUUAGAGAUUCAAGGCACACUUGCUGAGCAUUAUGUGGCCCUACGUGCAUACGAGCGUUUUGUAUCGGAAUGUGGCAAUGUGCCCGGUGAAUGUUAUGUAGAAACCGAUGUGAAGGAGCUUAAAACGGUUGCAAGUAAAAUGCUUUCAGAUUGGGGAGUUCAUGCAUCCAUUAGCGAUGAUUUGAUACAUGAAAUAUGUCGUUACGGUGGCUCGGAAAUACAUUCAAUAUCAGCGUUCAUAGGUGGUUGCGUAGCCCAGGAGGUCAUAAAAAUAGUAACUAAACAAUACAAACCAAUCGAUAAUACGUUUUUAUACAAUGCCAUUACAUCCGAAACAACAACAUUUAAAUUGUAAACGUUUGAAUUUUGUAUGAUACUUCGAAAAUUGUAUCCGAAAUAUAUGUUAUCGAUUUCCAAUUAGAA